GCAGAGUACCUCGGCAUGAUGUGCCAGUACCAACCCACUAGCCAUGUCACCUCUGUUGUUUGUUUUCCCACGCAGUUCUCACUCUUCACCGCUGUGCACAAGCACUAUACGUUGGAAGAAUGGAAAGAAUUUGCCACCAGUAACCCAGAUUGUCUGCAGAACGUGGCAGUGAGUGCUGGCAUUGGCUCCAACGACUUGGAGAAGCUGGCAGCCAUUCUGGAACACGUGCCCGACAUCCGCUACAUCUGCCUGGACGUUGCCAACGGAUACUCGGAACACUUUGUGCAAUGUGUGAAAAACGUCAGGAAGAGAUUUCCGGAUCACACCAUCAUGGCAGGAAACGUGGUGACAGGUGAGAUGGUGGAGGAGCUUAUCUUGGCUGGAGCUGACAUCGUCAAAGUUGGGAUUGGACCAGGCUCGGUGUGUACAACCAGGAUAAAGACAGGGGUGGGAUACCCACAGUUGAGUGCAAUAAUUGAGUGUGCAGAUGCAGCCCAUGGUUUGAAUGGCCACAUUAUGUCGGAUGGAGGGUGCACCUGUCCUGGAGACGUGGCCAAAGCCUUUGGUGCCGGUGCAGACUUUAUCAUGUUGGGUGGGAUGUUCUCGGGGCACACCCAGAGCGGCGGUGAGAUCUUCGAGAAGAACGGCAAGAAAUACAAACUGUUCUACGGGAUGAGUUCAGAGACUGCGAUGAGGAAGCACGAUGGGGGUGUUGCCGAUUACAGGGCGUCGGAAGGAAAGACGGUGGAGGUGGAAUUCAAAGGGGACGUGGAAGAGACAGUCCGGGACAUUCUGGGUGGUGUUCGCUCCACCUGCACCUAUGUGGGAGCGGCCAAGCUGAAGGAGCUCAGCCGGAGGACCACCUUCAUCCGUGUCACACAGCAACUCAACCCCACCUUCAAGUAGGACCCACCAGCUUUACUCUGUCCCCAUCCCUGGGACGUGGGGGGGGGGUUGGGACAGUGUAGAAGAAGCUUUACUCUGUAUCUAACCCCAGGCUGUCCCUGUCCUUGUCUCUAGGUGUGUUUGAUGGGGAAGGGUUGAGGGAGCUUUUACUCUGUAUCUAACCCCGUGCUGUCCCUGUUCUGGCAGUGUUUGAUGGGGAACAGUGUAGAGGGAGCUUUAUUUUCACUUUACUUUUCCCACCUCCAAAAUCCUUGAUUAUGUUGUCAUCUCACAAAUCUAUUCCCAUUUUCCACUGCAUUCUAUGGUUGAGCAUUUCCAAUCAGGUUUCUGCACCCGACACCCUGGGAAAUUGCUUAAUGAAUAUUGGAAAUGAAAUUGUAUGCAGCUGGAGGGAGAAUAAAUUCUCUCUCCUGGCCCUUCUCACUGUGCCGUCUUUAACAUGGUCAGCCACUCAGUUCUUCCAGCAUCCCCCUCUCUGACCUGUCGUCCAACUCUGUCCUUGGCCCCAUUCUCAUCGAACCCCUGAAAGGCAAGUAGUGCUUACAAAGUCCUUCCUUCCUGCACAAGCAACAUUCCAUCUGGUGUCUCCCAAGGACCUGCUUUUUCUUUUGUUAGUAGCCCAGCAGAGGCUAUUUAAAGAAAACUGAGAGAUCGGUGAAAACCUACUGAAAUAUCUUUAGCCAAAGAGAUGAUAGCCUACAGCUUCUGCAGUGUCCACAGGUCCCUAAGGCCUGCAGUGCCAGGAAGAUUUGUCUGCUCCUUCGCUGUGGAAACUCAAACUCAGUGGAAAAUGGGAAUAGAUUUGUGAGAUGACAACAUAAUCAAGGAAGGGCAAGGCUGAUGGAUCUGUCCUCAGCUUGCAAAUUUUCAUCCACACAAUAUCCCCUCAGGGACAUCAGUCCAAAGCAGAGUGUUACUUUUCGCUCACAAUACUCAGCUCUACCUCACUGCUGCGACAACCUCACUCAACUCCUUCGCUGUUGCCAAAUUAUCAGAUCACUUCUCCCACAUCCAAACUGGGAAGCUGUCGUUUAUGUUCCCUGGCAACCAAACCUCAACAGUACUGUUGACAAUAGAGUGUUGUAUUUGAUUUCAGCCACAUGUUUGAGCUGUUACUAAGACUAUCUGUUUCCACCUCCAUAACACUGCCUGCCUUAACCUACCUGCUGCUGAAACCCUUGCCUGUGCCUUUGGUUAUCCCCAGCUUUGAUUAUCCUGACUCGCUCCUGUCUGGUCUCCCAUUGUACCCUCCGUAAACACCAGCUCAUUCCAAGCUCCAGUGCUCAGGUCUUAACCAGAACCAGGACCCUAUUCCCCAUUUGUACCCUGGUGCUCGCUGACCAGCACUGGUCUUCCAGUUAAGAGAGAGUUUGAAUUUAAAAUUCUUAUUGUCAUUUUCAAAUCCCCCAUACCCAAAUACUCCAUGACCCUCCAACAUUUCUGCACUUCUCCCCUUGAUUUUCAUCGCUGCACUGGCGGUGGCCAUCCUCCAGCACUUUCCCACUCUUCUCACACUCUCUCUCACACACACACACACACACACACACACACACACACCUCCCUUCCACACCCCUCUCUUGUCCUUUGAAACCAACUUCUUCAAUUGAGCUUGUCUGACAUCUUUUUGUAUGGUUCAGUGUCACGUUUCACUGCCUUGUAUAUUUCGGAAGCACCAGGAAGUUUAAAGUCACAGGAUAAAUUGAAAUUGUUGUUUUCCACCUGCUACGAGAGUUAGUCUCAGUUACCUCUAGUGCAACAACCAUCUGCUUCAGUCACCUAUGAGUUGUGUCUGGUACCAUCUACUUAAGAUGCUUGUAUGGGUCAUAGCUGUGACUACCUGCCUACAGUGCUUGUAUUAGUCACGUUUGGGACCACUUUCUUAAAUGUCUGGGACCACCUUCUUACAAUACCUGUACGGAUUGUACCUGGGUCUACCUCAUAAUGAUGUCGGUACAAGUCACAUUUGGGCCCACUUGCUGUACACCCCUAGUUGGGACCACAUUUUUAAUCAGAUGGGUGCCAGUGUCUGCGAGUGGAAGGGAUGAGGUUGGAGUCAGCCACCGCAUCGAUAUUUUCUUUGGAAACACCGACUGUGGCUGCGAUCCCACCACCAGGUUGCCAUGUACACAGGAGCGGUCAGCUGCUGCCAUUUAUUUUGCAAUCCCUUAUGUCGGAGGAAAAAAAAUAAACAAAAGCAGAGUGUCA